CUCGCACUGUCUGUUCCUGCACAUCUCGCGCUCCCUCCUCCCCUAAACCCCACGCUCACCCGCGGCUCCGGCGACAGCCGCUUUGGACUCCGGUUCCCUCCGUCGGCGGUCCAAAAGUCCAUACUCUGCAGGUUUGUCCCUUGCGCACUGAGCAAAAGCAUCUCUAAAUUUUUAGAAAAUUAGACUUCAAUUACAAGAGAUCUGCAUGCCAGUGCCCUCCAUAUUAGCUUCUUACGGUGGGGCUCUUUCAAGUCGCAUUUGAUGCAUCUCCCUCCCAAAGGUACUGAUUUUGUAUAGCACCAAGUCCUACAGGGUUCUUUUCCUAUGAAAAUGUGAAAAUGUUCUUUAUCUAAACAUUCCCACUUCAUAUCAGAAGAUGCACAUCUCGAUUCGUAAUAAAGGUUGCUCCUUUUUAAAAAUUCACAGGGGUGUAUCAACGCUUCUUAUGUUUUCUACCCAAUUUUACACACUCAAUCCUCUGAAACCUGUGUUUGUCAAUAGUGUGUUUUCUUCAUUAGGGUGUGUGUUUUCCUUCAUUAGGGUGUGUGUUUUUCUUCCAUGCGAGGAACCACUGAAUUCUCUUGGCCACUUGCAUCAAUGUGAGUUUUUCUUCAUUACGAGGAAUUAAACAACUAUUAUUUCCCUUUCCUCUCUGUCAAAUGGCCAUUUCAUUACUCUAAUGACUAUUCUAUUCACUCUGCAAUAGAAAGAACCUCAUUAGAAGAUAGGUAUGUAUUUCAACCUUACUUCAAGAGUUACGCCUCUUCCUUUUACGUAGCCUUCUAUUAAUUAAAUUACAUUUAAUUUUUCAAAUCAUUUUCUAAAAAAGAUUAUAUACGUUUUAAAUGAACUGUGCAUUUUCCCGUUGUAAAUGUGUGUACCUAUACAUUUUCCACAUAUAUAUUCAUCUCUGAACCACUUACAUUAGUGUGUGUGUUUCUUCAUUGUGAGGAAUUACACAACUACUGUUUCCCUUUCCUCUCUAUCAAACGACCAUUUUGUUACUCUAGUGACCAACUUAUUCACUCUAAAAGAAAAAAAACUCACUGGAAGAUAUGUAUGUAUUUGAACCUUACUUCUAGAAUUAUGUCUCUUUCUUUACGUAGUUUUUUGUUAAUUAAAUUUGCAUUAGUUGUAUAAUUCCUUUUCCAAAACAUUAUAUAUGUUUUCAAUGAAAUGUUCUUUUUUGUUUCGGUGCAAAUGUGUGCACCUAUACAUUUUUUCACAUAUAUAUUCAUUUACUCUUAUAUUUGUUUCUUAUUGUUACGACUGUUCAAAAUAAAAAACUGCACAAUUAUGUUUUGACAUGCAUUCUAUAUAGAAUAAUGAAGAAUGAUCGCAACAAUAGCCAUCUGGCCAACUAUGUAUAAAAACAUACUAUUUUCUGGGCAGUCGUCCAUUCAACAAGAUACAUAAUGCAGUGAAUUUAUUAACUAAUUAUGGUUGUUUGUUAAAACCCUUUCCAUGUUGUACUGUCUAACACAUGCUCUCAAGCUUUGUGGCCUACAAUAAUGGUAUUUUAUUGCGAUACAAGCGAUGCCCCAUAUUUUUUCGCAACAUGUACUGGUAUUUUUUCUAUUUGAAGUUUUGUUGAUCAAACAUUGUUAUCGAUGUCAUAUCAGAUGAGCUAUACAUAUCUUAAAAAUUGCUACUACGCAGUACACACUACUCGCCCUUCCUUAUUUUCCUUCACCUCCUCUCCCAGAAUAUCCGCUUUCAUCUAAUUUGACUAUUCAUUUUAUUGAACUAAAAGAGAGGCAUUAGUAGACCAGGAUGAAAGAAUGGCGCUAAUACAUGUCAAACUAAAAGUUAAGACUGCAUCUUAGUUCGAUUCUAUAGUGGGACACUUCUUUUCUUGACUAAUUGCUUCGUGCUUCUAGAUUUUUUAGUUUUAACUUUCAGAGAUGUGGCUACUGAGAUUGUUGUUUCUCAAGUCCAGCAGGCUCUGCAACUCCUGUAGCUUGCUGAUAUCCGAAGGGAUCAGGCUGGACAGGUAAUUCUGUGGCAGAUUUAGCUCAUAGAGAUCACUCAGUUUUGUGACCGUCGUCGAAAUCAGACCUGAGAUCUGGUUGUGUGUGAGAUUCAGCAUGUUGCCGAGUUUAGGUGGCACUAUUCCAGGUUUGCUUUCAUCAGUUCAAUUUUUCCUAGAUUUUACAGAUUCAUGAAUAGCUUCUUAUUAUUAGUGCAACUAAUAUUCAGUCUGCUCAAAUAUCAAUGGCCCACCUAAUUUUGUAAAAAAGAUGAGCACUACACCAACCAUUCCUAUAUUUUGCGAGCUUUGUUUUCGAACAUGCCUUCUAGCUUUACCAUGUUAACAAUUGACAACCAAUUCAAUUGGUCCUUUGGCUUCUUCAUUCCAGCGUUAAGUAGUACCCCUGCUCCUCAAGGACAACAUCAGUGAGGUAAUUACUUCAUCCCUUAUCCUAUUUUAUAGAAUGAUAUGAUUAGUUGUUUGAAUAUCGUAUCUUCCUUAAUUUCUUUUGUUCCAUUUUUCUUGUCAUCUGUACUGCAGUCAUGUUCGUAUAUGCACAUUAAGAUCUUCAGUGACGUUUGUAUAUGCACAUCAUAAGCUUUGCUAACUUUGAAGCAUUGUAGUUGACUUUUAAUAAUAUAUUCCAUUGCUGGUCACAACAACUCAAGUAGUGAGUCAUUUUUAUUAGGGACAUAAGGUAUGUAUAUUUCUGUUAUCACCACAACGUAUAGCUACUGCAUUGAUUUACACAACACUCUUUGAUACUGCUUUUACCGUCACAUAUUUUUUCUUACAUCUACUACAUCAACGAUACACCUUUAAAAAUUACACUAUGGGAGGACUACACACAUUUUUUCUAUUGACGAGGUUUACAACAACAAAGAAAGCAAGCCUAUAAUCAUAUUAUUUGUCAACUAUUUAACUAAACAAUUUAAAGGUUAAACUCCGAAGAUGUUUUGUUUCACUUUUGCAUUAGUUCUCCUAUUAAACAUGAAACCAACAAUGCUGCUUCUAAUGUAGGGCAAGUAUAAUUAAGUGGUACUUCAACCCAGAUACCCCAUUAACUCAUGCGUACUACAACAGGAAUGUAAAAAAAAGGAUAACAUACUUCCUUGCUAUGCACAUCUAAUAUUCAUUUUUAACACUUAUAUCAUGUUUCCUAAACUAUAUAUUCACAGUUACCUACAUGUUCAAUUUUUCCCAUCAUACUAUUGCUAAUAUUGACAUGCUAAUUUCCCCUUCCUAACAUAUAGGUUUUUUUUUCAAAUUUUCCCAUCAUACUACUGCUAACAUUGACAUACUAAUUAAAAUACAUAAAACUACUCAAUUUUACAUUAUAUAAAUGAUACACCAACAUCUUGAGUACCAAACAAAGAAUCUAACCGCAAUUAACAUUUUUUUAUGUCUCACAGGAUUCUAUUUUGUGUGCCUACAAAGCUUCCCAUGCUGACAAAAAGCAAUCUACUUUCGUGUACAUACGACCAACCUCCUACAACAAACAACAUGCCUUGUUUUAUGUAUGCUAUUGCACCUCAUAUAAAACAUAUAAUUUCUUUUUAAUGAAUAUUGCACUGUAUGUUUAUGUUACAACCAAACUUCAUGUAUGAUACAUGUCUUAUCAAACUACUCUCAAGUUUGUGUUAAGUGUGCUACAACAUUUAUCUAUUCUACAACCAAAAUUACUUGCUUAAUCACCAUCAUAGCACACUAUCCACCACAGUAUCGCUCUAUACAUAUUCACUUCGCCACGCGCGCAUGAGCGCGCGUAAUACACUAGUAGAAAGAAUAAAUAUGAAACCAAAAGGAAUAAAAAUGAGAGAGACGGGAGGGAGGUACAAUAAAUAAAUCUCUACAACUAUUAUGACCGAACUGUAGACUGCCCCCGCCAUCCACUUCGCAUGCCGAAAACCCCAACCACCGCCCCGCCGCCCCGAUCGCCGCGAUCCCCGCCUGCACGCCCGCCUGCCGAAAACCCCAACCACCGCCUCGAUCGCCGCGAUCCCCGCCGCCCCGAACGCCACGAUCCCCGCCUGCACGCCCGCAUGCCGAAAACCCCAACUACCGCCCCGCCGCCCCGAUCGAUCCCCGCCGCCCCGAACGCCAUGAUCCCCGCCUGCACGUCCGCGUGCCGAAAACCCCAGCCAAGCCAUCCCUCCGGCCGCGAACGCCGCGAACCCCGCGCGCGAUUCGCAGCGGCAAAAGCUGAAGCAAACAAACGCAAACGGCUCAUCCCAUUCCCAUCACAUGAUUCCCAACUCAGCGCCGCAUCGCGUCACCGCAAUCUCGCAGUCACCCCCCAAAUUCCCAUCUCCGCGACCGCUAGCCGUGAGGAUGAGCCUCCUCCGCAACCGCCGCCGGCUUACAACAUCAUCCCGAUCCACGACGUGGUGAUGCAAGGGGAGCACCCGUCGCUACGGUUCCCGGAGGUGCGCGCGGCCGUGGAGGCGCUGGCGCACGCGGCGGACCUGCCGCCGCCGCCGCUCGCCCGCGGCUGGGACGCCUUCCGUGCCGACCUCUUCGACUGGCUCGGCGCCACCUGCGGCUUCCAGCUCGACAACGUCCGCAACCAGCGGGAGCACCUCGUGCUCCUCCUCGCCAACGCGCAGCUCCGCGCAGGCGGCACCCUCCCCACCGACCACCCCGCCGACGUGCUGCACCACUCCAUCGCGCGGGACAUCCGGAGGAAGCUCCUCAAGAACUACAAGACCUGGUGCUCCUACCUCGGCAAGAGGCCGCACGUCCAUGUGCCCAGCGGCGGACGCCGUGUCGCUCAGGGGGUCGGCCCUGACACACGCCGCGACCUACUGUACACCGCCCUCUACCUCCUCAUCUGGGGCGAGGCGGCCAAUUUGAGGUUCAUGCCGGAGUGCCUCUGCUACAUCUUCCACUACAUGGGCACUCGAUCUCAACCAUGUCAUCGACCAGUCGAUUGAUAUCGAGACUGGGCGACCAUCAGUUCCUGCGGUGCACGGUGUGGAUGCUUUCCUUGACAAGGUUGUGAAGCCGAUAUAUGACGUGCUCGAGGCUGAGGUGAAGUUCAGCCGGAAUGGGACCAAGCCACACUCGGCCUGGAGGAACUAUGAUGAUGUGAAUGAGUACUUCUGGAGCCGCAGAGUUUUCAGGCGGCUCCAGUGGCCCCUGUCACCAGCGAGGAGCUUCUUUAUAAAGCCAGGAAACCCCGGGCGUAUUGGCAAGACUGGUUUUGUUGAGCAGAGGUCGUUCUGGAAUGUGUACCGCAGCUUUGAUCGGGUAUUGGUGAUGCUCAUUCUGUUCUUUCAAGCAGCAAUGAUCGUUGCAUGGGAUGGCCACACUCCGUGGUUUAGCCUACUCUACCGUGACAUCCAGAUCCGGGUGCUGUCUGUGUUCAUCACCUGGGCUGCGCUGCGCAUUGUACAGGCAGUGCUUGAUGCAGGCACACAAUACAGCCUCGUGAGGACGGAUACUAUAUUUCUCGCAGUACGGAUGGUGCUCAAGGUGCUUGUUGCUGUUGGGUGGACUAUAUCACAUUCAUUGUGCUCUAUGUUCGAAUGUGGAAUCAGAGGUGGCAUGACCGCAGGUGGUCUUUUUCUGCCAAUUCCAGGGUGUUAAACUACCUUGAGGCAGCUGCUGUGUUUCUCAUCCCACAGGUGCUUGCACUUGUGCUCUUCAUCAGGAUACUUCUCCCCACUGCCGCUCGGGGUUUGUCGUGCGGUGCCCGUUUAUUGGAGAACAGUGCCUGAUCGCUCAUCAGGUUGGAGAACGGGACGGGACACCGGACCGCGGAGGCCACCGGGAAGUACAAGCAAUAUCGAGUUCCUGUUCCUCACGAGGCGACGACCUCGCCUGACGGUGACGGCAACCCCAGCAGCUGGAGGACGAGUGGAGAUGCGACGCGAUGCCUCGUUGGAGACGCACCGUGGCGUGCUGACCUUCACCGCCUGCUGCCGCCGCGCCGUACCGUGAUUAAUGAAGCAUGCUACUAAUGAUUUUGGGGGCACUGUCCGUCCGACUGUUCCCAUGAUACAGUUUUGGUAAAUAAGACCCGUACAUGUAGUACCUCUUUCACGUUCGUACACGGUCCUCCUACGUGCCUUCCUGACUUCCCAAGGAUUUGGUGUCCCCAGAAAUUGUACCACGCUAGCGACACACGAUUUAUUUUUUGUUAUUAAGGGGCAGUGUACUAAAUCCAUUUUACAUCUUGUCAUCUACACGCGAAAUCCAUUUUUUCUA